UAUCACGUACGAUGAUAACGAUCCACCGUCGCUAUAAAUGGGCUAAGCCCCUCCGUGCGCCAUGAGAAACCCUAGCGGCGAGUCGCGGCGAGUUAGCAUUUCGUGCUCUGCUCUCGCGCUCGGCCAAGGGACUGUUUGAUACAAGAUGAAGUUCAAUAUUGCGAAUCCGACCACUGGGUGCCAGAAGAAGCUGGAAAUUGAUGACGAUCAGAAGCUCCGAGCAUUUUUUGACAAGAGGAUCUCUCAGGAAGUCAGUGGAGAUGCUCUUGGAGAGGAGUUCAAAGGUUAUGUUUUCAAAAUCAUGGGUGGUUGUGACAAGCAAGGGUUUCCCAUGAAGCAGGGAGUACUAACUCCUGGUCGUGUCCGCCUGCUGCUGCACAGGGGUACACCUUGCUUCCGUGGGUAUGGAAGGCGUAAUGGAGAGCGCAGGAGGAAGUCAGUUCGUGGUUGCAUCGUUAGCCCUGACCUCUCAGUUCUAAACUUGGUUAUUGUUAAGAAGGGUGAGAAUGAUCUUCCUGGACUAACUGAUAUUGAGAAGCCUAGAAUGAGGGGACCAAAGAGGGCCUCCAAAAUUCGCAAACUAUUCAACCUUUCCAAAGAGGAUGAUGUUCGCAAGUACGUCAAUACAUACCGCCGAACCUUCACAACAAAAUCAGGCAAGAAGUGCAGCAAGGCACCAAAGAUACAGAGGCUUGUGACUCCCUUGACUUUGCAAAGGAAGCGUGCCAGGAUUGCAGAGAAGAAGAAGAGGAUUGCCAAGGCCAAGUCAGAAGCCGCAGAGUACCAGAAGCUGCUUGCAACCAGGCUCAAGGAGCAGAGGGAGCGCAGGAGCGAGAGUUUGGCCAAGAGGAGGUCCAAGCUUUCUGCUGCCUCCAAGCCAUCCAUCGCAGCCUAGAUCAUGGUUUUCUCAAGGAACCAACCAGACAAAGAUCAGUCUUCCGACGUGAAUAUUUCCCUCGAUAUACUUUAUAUAGUUUCCUAAGCAAAUGCUAACUUAAUAGUAUAUGUAUUUGGGAGCCAGAAAGCUCCGGUCAGACAUUGUUGGUUCCCAUUCCAGGUUGUCUUCUUUGUAUUAUUAUAUUGUUGGGACCAGUGAAUUAUUGGAUGCGUCACAUGCGACUCUGUCAUCAUGCGACCACCAUAUUUUAUAUUCGUUAGUAUUUCCAUUCAAUUAUUGUAUUGUUGUGUGUAGUCACUCCAUGGCAGCCUCAUCGUUGUCUUUUCUUGGGAAAUAAAACGUCAUCCAUGGAAUUUUGCGGACCAAUGUGUUGAAUGUGAAGCGGUAGAUAUGAAAACUUAGCUUAGAUAUUUAUCGAUUGAUGUAGGCGUCUGUCGGAUUUAUGUGUGUUACAGUAACAUGAAUUACCAGUAAUGUAUAACACACGGAUACGGAUGUCUUAUCGUGUAAGGUGUAGAACAAGUCGUCUCCUUCAAAGCAUCACAUCCUUGAUCAGUCUCUCCAAGUUCACGAAAGAGGACCCACCUGGUUGUGUGGCCCUCAUGGCUUUCUCAUUCCACUCCAUUGUCUUCUUUCUCAUUUCCUUCCCCUUGUCCCCACCCAUCAACUUCCUUAUCAGUGCUUCCACUUCCUCCCUCUUUACGUCGUUGUCGAUCUCCAUGGCGAUGCCCCACUCCGUGCACGCGUACCGGCAGUUGGUCUGCUGCUCGGCGAAGAAGGGCCACGACAGCAUCGGCACCCCGCCGCUAAUGCUCUCGAUCGUCGAGUUCCAUCCGCUGUGGGUCAGGAAGCCGCCGACGGACGCGUGCGACAGCACCGCCUCCUGCGGGCACCAGCUCGCCAGCAGGCCCCUCUCCUUGGUCUCCUCCACGAACUCCUGCGGCAGCACCGCGGCGUCUCCUCUCACCAGGUCCGGCCUUAUCACCCACAGGAAGUCGUAGCCGGAGUUGGCCAGCCCCCACGCGAACUCUAGGAGUUGCGUGUUGCUCAUCACGGUGAUGCUGCCGAAGUUGACGUAGACGACCGAGCCCGGUCUCCGGCCCUCGAGCCACUCCAUGCAGCCGCUGUCUUCCUUCCACAGGUUGGAGUGGAUCGACGUCAACGGGCUGUCGGCGACUCGCUGAGAGAGCAGGGUGAGCGGGCCGACGGUGUACACCGCAGGGAGUAUCGACGCCAUGGCUUCCAGGACCGGCCGCUCCAAUUCCUCGAAGGUGUUGAGGAUGACAGCGGAGGCCAUGGAGGCUCGUUGCGCCUCGCGGGUGCAGAAGUUGAGCAUCACGUCCUUGGGGUCGGUCGUGCGGAUGAAGGAGGGGAAAUCCCUCAGCCUCAUGUUGUUGAAGCCCGGUAUCCAGUCCACCGGCAUGUCCAGAUAUCCACUCGUGAUGUCGCCUUCGUCUGCAAAGAAUCAAAAGAUGCAGAUGAACAACGAUGUCUGCGCGUCUUAUUCAAGUAGAUGCGGAGGACACCGACUGACUCACCCUUGAGAGGCGUAAGACCCCUCUCGCGGAGAUGCCGGUAGUGGAGAUACCCCAUGAAGCCGCAGGCGCUCAUGGUCCAGAACACGACCUCGGGGACGCCCAGCUCCUGAGCAGCGUCGAGAGUGAAGGUCAUGACUCCGUCGGACACGAUGCAGGACACCGGCGGCGACUCCUCGUUAAGCUGCCGGAGGACGUGGCGGAAGGGAGGGAGGGCGGUUCUGGGGAUGGCCUCGCACAGCGAAGGGAUGUCCUGCGUGGCGUCCUCGUCGGAGGGCGGGAGCCCGUCGGGGAUGGACGCGAAGCGGAAGCUUGGGAGGGCGUGGAGAGCGGAGAUGGCUCGGGAGCGGAUCAGGCGCUUGUGGUUGAAGAGGGUGUUGACGAAGGUUACGUGGAAGCCAUGGGAGUGGAGGAGCUUGGCCAGCUUCAACAUGGGGGUUAUGUGACCUUGGGCGGGGUAAGGGACGCACACCGCAUGGGGCUUCUCUGCUGGAAUCGAACCCAUCGCUUCCCCUCUUUCUCUCUCUCUCUCUCUCUCUCUCUCUCUCUCUCUCUCUAUCAACAACUACUGUUCCUCUCACACUGGCUGGCUUUGUGUGUGUUUGAAGAGUUCGUGCAGCAACACAAGGGUUUAUAUAGCCAAAGAAAAGAAAUCUAGUUGAUUAAUACAUCUGCGAAGAACUUUUGAGAA